AAGUGACGCCCCACUUCCUCUCCAGCUCCGCGUCCGGAAAGUGGGUCCCACGCGGAGGUCAACAUGAGGAUCGAGAAGUGUUAUUUCUGCUCCGGGCCGAUCUACCCGGGCCACGGCAUGAUGUUCGUCCGCAACGACUGCAAGGUGUUCCGAUUCUGCAAAUCCAAGUGUCAUAAAAACUUUAAGAAGAAGAGGAAUCCACGCAAGGUCAGGUGGACUAAAGCCUUCCGGAAAGCGGCGGGCAAGGAGCUCACGGUGGACAACUCAUUUGAAUUUGAAAAGCGUAGAAAUGAACCUGUGAAAUACCAGCGUGAGCUGUGGAAUAAAACUAUUGAUGCAAUGAAGAGAGUUGAAGAGAUCAAACAGAAGCGCCAGGCCAAAUUUAUAAUGAACAGGUUGAAGAAAAACAAAGAGCUACAGAAGGUUCAGGACAUCAAGGAGGUCAAGCAGAACAUCCAUCUUAUCCGGGCUCCUCUUGCCGGCAAAGGAAAGCAGCUGGAGGAAAAAAUGGUCCAGCAGUUACAGGAGGAUGUGGACAUGGAGGAGGCUUCCUAACGGUGCUGCCCGCAGCCAGCCCUGUGCUCACUGGAGUCAAGUGGAGACUUUNGGCCCCUAGGUUAUUCAUUGGUUCCAUAAGGUCCCUCAGACAAGGGUGAUUCAAUGUGCGUCCUCCUUAGACGUUGCAGCCUGUAAAAGCAUACCGUUGUGGGUGUUAGGUCUCAGCUCAGCACUCUGCUUCACUGUGUUAUGCUCACACAAACAGGAAAGUUUGUGUGUAGAUGAAGACAUGAACUGUGGGCAUAAAAUGGUUGAGCCAACCAUCUUCCUGUGUGAAAUUCAAGAUGAUGUACUAUUUUCCUUGCAUUGAGAUAGUCUGUUUAUUAGGGUUAUUGAAAUGGAGG